CGGACAUUGCACUCUCUUGCAUGUUUACAAUUUAAUGGAUAUCUGUUACUGUUUAGUAAUCUUCGGUAUAUGACGUAAAUAUCGUAUUUUAAUUAAUUGACUUUUCACAUCACUCAUGUAUCUUCUGUCCCAAGAAAAUGAAUUCCAAAAAAUUCAUGAAAGUUGAUAAAAUAUCAUAUUUAUAGGUCAUUGUACCUUUCGUUGUGUUUUUGAUUAACAUAAGCGAGUUUGUUGGUGGUAAAAUGUCUACUUCAGAGACUGGUGUGGGAUGUAUUAGCGAAGUUACACUUGCUAUUAGUAAAGCAAGGACUUCUCAAGCAGGAUCCAUAAGGGUACUCGACAGUCCUGAUUCAGAUGGAUCUGGCCAUUCGAAUUCGUUUUCCAUUCAACGAUUUAAUUAUCCUAAUGAAAAUACAAAUUCUAACAUUCUUCCACCCCCCUUAACAAACAAUGACUUAAGAAUACCUAUCGUUGGAUAUGAAGUUAUGGAAGAGAGAGCUAGAUUUACAGUAUACAAACUUCGUAUAGAAUUGAAGAAUGGUGAUUGUUGGUUUGUCUUCAGAAGAUACACAGAUUUUGUACGCUUAUUUGCUCAAUUGAGAAGACAAAAACUUCCGAUCUCUCAUUUAUCUUUACCACAAAAGAAAUGGCUGGGUGACAAUUUUGCACCUAGUUUUCUAGAAGAAAGGAUACGUGGUCUGCAAGCAUUUGUUAAUGGGAUAUUAAGUAAUCCCAUUCUCAUAGGUAGUGCUUGCGUUAGACAAUUUUUUUGUUUAGAUGAACCACCUGCGUUAUCUGAUACUGCAGAAGAAUCUAGGGCAAUAUUUGAAGCGAUGGAAGACACGAUAUAUCAUUUAAGACAACAACUUAGAGAACGAGAUAAUGCAUUGGCAGCAGAAUCAGCACUUUGCAAUGAAUUACAAAAAAAUCUACAUCAGAUGUUGAGCGAAAGGCAGAUCUGUUCUAAGUGUGGCGCAAAUCAAUAAAUUCCUCUAAAAAUUAGAUGGAUUUUAUUAUAUAUUUAUUAGAAUUUUUUGGGGAGAUCUCUACGUAAAGGAUAUGCUGUUUAAGGAUUUACAUAGUUUAUAACGUCC